CUAUACCGCUUUAAUGGAUCCAAUUGUCCCGCAAUCCAAUUGGAACCUUCCCGCUUUCAACAGCCAUGGGCUGGAGUUGCUGGAGUUAUGUACUGUAGAACAUAAGGUUCCUACUUGCCACGGUAUUCGGUGGGGGUUUCCAGCUUGUAUGCCUAGUAGUAGUAGGUAUCUUACUUACAUAAGACGCCUACUACAUACACUAAGAUACUUCAACCUUCAAGUUUAUCACCAUGGCAUCAAACCAGCGUUUCUCGGGAUAUCCGUUGGCUAAAGAGGGCCCUAAAACACCAUACAAGCCUAUGGAGUACAAUAAUCCAGCUCUUAGAGGAUGGCCCCUAAUUCUCGCCGCGAAGCUCGUCAAUUACUCUUCAUUCCUCGCCAAAGCUACCUGGCAUAAUGCCAAUUUUGAUUGUGCCAACAACAUAGAGGAGUUGCACAAGAGGAACUGGCAUCUUCAACCCAUCGUCACACCACUGGCCCCCGACGGCGUGGUGCAAACUCAGGCAGAAAUCACACCUGAGCUCUACGAGCGACAGCCUGAAGACUUGACUGGACGUUUCUAUUCCGCGGCUGACUACCAUGAGCUUUUCAAAGCUGGGAAACUGACACCCCUUCAAGUGGCGAAAGCGUUGCUCCCUCUCCUAUCUCGCGAGCAAAGCUCCUCAGAGAAGUACGCAGUGGCUUGUACGGUCACGAGAGAGGACCUCGUGCUCGCGGCAGCUACAAAGUCAACGGAACGAUAUGCUGCCGGCCAGCCCUUGGGCAUUCUAGAUGGUGUGCCGAUUGGGGUCAAAGAUGAUCAAGACGUUGAGGGAUAUGUUACACACAUAGGAUUACCCUAUAAUGCGGCCGACCCCUUCUUCAAACCCGCGACGGAAACCGUUUGGCCAGUCGCACAGCUCGAAGCGGCCGGUGCUAUCGUAAUUGGUAAGCUGACGAUGCAAGAACUGGGUUCGGAUAUCAGUGGGUGUAAUCCGAGCUGGGGAAGUCCAGUCAACUGGAAUAAUCCAGCUUACUACCCCGGUGGCUCGUCUUCCGGCGCAGGUUCCGCUAUCUGUGCUGGAUUAAUUCCUAUCGCCAUUGGCACUGACGCUGGAGGGAGCAUCCGGGUCCCGUCGUCAUAUUGCGGAUCUUACGGCCUCAAGCCAACACUGCAUCGUGCAGUUACGAUGAAAUCUGCCGUGUGUGUGGUUGGUCCCAUGGCUGCGACGGCCAACGAUUUGGCCAUUACAUACCGCAUUAUGACGACACCUAAUCCAGAAGAUCCGGUACAAGGCUCAUUCGCAUUGUCCGUUCCACCUAGUCCCACCGCGAAGAAGACGAUCGGUAUCUACUGGGAUUGGUUCAACGCGGCUUCGCCAGCCGUUGUCAAAGUGACAAAAAAUGCCGUUUCUUACUUCGAGAACAAGCUAGGCUACGAAGUUGUCGACAUAAGUAUUCCGUACUUGCAGGAAGGCCAGGGCUCCCUCAGUGUAUGGGCGCUUAUCGAAGGCAUCGAUCACUGCCAGGGCCGAGCCAUGGAUCGUAACAAGCCCUUUGCAAAUGUCAACUACUGCAACCAACUGCUAUUUGGAUUCGCGUCGCAGACGCCUGCGGCCGAUAUGUUCAAGCACGGGCAGCUGAGGGGGCUCCUCAUGGAGCACCUCGCUUUCCUGUGGAAGCAACACCCAGGCAUGCUGAUCCUGACACCGACGACCCCCGAUGCCGGCUGGAAGAUACAUCCCGGCGACCAGGCGUACGGGUUCAGCGACGGCAGUAUGACCAUCCGAAAUAUGAUGUACAGCUGGCUGGCAAAUACGACGGGAUGUCCCGCAGCCAGUGCACCUGUUGGCUACGUCGAUCCCGAAGUGGGCGAGGGUAAGCUGCCGGUAGGCCUUAUGGCUAUGGGAGAAUGGGGCUCGGAUGAGCAGCUCCUGGCUUGGACUAAAGAGGCCGAGGCGUACUUGAAUGAUGCUUGGGACGGUGGUCGCAGUAGACCGAAGAAAUGGGUUGAUGUUGUUGAUAUCAGCAAGGAUGUCGAAUAGGGGUUGGCCUCAAAUUAGGUGGGGGACGUUGGUGAUGGCGGACAUGAGUGUAGUAGUGGAAGUGGUGGUGGCGAUCACAGCAUUAUUGAAUAUAGAUACAGUAGAGGCGGACAUCAGUAUACUGAUACCUCUGCCCUACCCAGUAGAUUGUAUCCCGUCGUAAAUUCUUUGGGUGUUCCGGUGAUAGCUUUGCACAUCUGUGAUAAGGCGGCUAAUGCCACCCGAUGAAGAUUUUCCCACAUUCAUAAAUUCAUCAAAGACACAUGCGUUAAUGCGCAGUUACCUAGC